AUGGGCCGGAGCCUGAGUCCGCUGCUCCGGCAGGAGCUGGAGAACCUCGACAAGGACGCCGACAGCCGCCGGAACGCCAUGAAGACACUCAAGUCCUACGCCAAGCAGCUGGACUCCAAGUCCAUCCCCCACUUCCUGGCCGAGGUCUCGGACAACAAGGCCCCCGGCCUGCCCUCCGGCGAGUUCACCAUCUCGCUCUACGAGGUCCUCGCCAGGGUCCACGGCCGGAACAUUGUGCCGCAGAUCGGCAACAUAAUGUCCACCAUCAUGUGCACCCUGUCGUCCAGCGGCGGGUCCUUCCCGCUGCACCAGGCGUGCUCAAAGGUGGUGCCGGCCAUUGCAAGGUAUGGCAUCGACCCCUCAGCGCCCGAGGAGGACAAGGCCAGCAUCAUUUCUUCCCUCUGCAAGCCCCUCUGCGGUGCGCUCAUGGGCAAUCAGGAUGGCGCGGCGUCAGGCGCUGCUCUCUGCCUUAAGGCGCUUGUUGAGUCAAACAAUUGGAGGUUUGCAUCUGGGGAAACGGUUAAUGAGGUCUGCUUGAAGGUUGCUGGGGCGAUGCAUGAUAAGUCAACGCGCUCCAAUUCUCACAUGGGCCUAGCAAUGGCGCUUGUCAAGCACAAUGGUCUGAUUGCAGAGGCAUAUGCGAGGUCCCUUGUGCGGUCUGCCUUGCAGAUUCUUGACGGCGACACCGCUGAGAGCAGCUCCCAGAAGCGGCUCUCCGCCAUCCAGAUGAUUAAUUUCUUCAUGAAGUUUGUUGACCCUAGGAGCAUAUCCUCAGAGCUUGGCAAGGUGGUUGAUGUCAUGGAGCAAUGCCAGAACGACCACAUGCCAUUCGUCCGAGGUGCUGCGUUUGAGACAUCACAGACUGCCAAGAACAUUGCUGCACAGAAGGGGUCAAGGCAUGAGGUCAGCUCGAUCCCUAUGGUUGGCUCCAACUUCCGAAGGAAAAGAGACAAGAGCCCAUGCAGGAGUCUCUGGAGUGCCAAGGGCAGCCCUGGAAGCUCCACCAUGUCUGCUUCUCCAGUCCAGUUCCAGUCCCCGGAAUCGCACGCUGUGGAUUCAUCCAUCAUGUAUGGAAGUACCAUCACCGAAUCACCCAUCUCAGUCGGGCAGUCCUCUUGCAACUUUGAUCAGAGUCGGCGCGCAAACAGGAGGUUAUGGAGCAAUGAUGGUGUCGAUGUUUCUCUGAAGGAUGGCUUGUUCAUUAAAUUCUGUUCAAGCAGCAAGUGCCUUGAAGAUGACUUGGGGGAAGUUUGUGACAGUGAAGUAACCGAGACCAAUUUUGACUACACUGAUACAUUCACAGGAUUUGUGUCAGCUAGCCCCAACAAGAUCAUAUCAAGAGAUAAUACCCCCAGUCCGCAGGCUUCUGAGAGGCCAAUCAGCAUUGAUGAUGUCAAGAUAUACACAACACCGAGAAAGCUUCUGCGAUCUCUUCAGAGUUCAUAUGACUUUGACUCUGCUCGCCAUGAGGAACAAUCCAUUGCCAAGCUGAACUGCUCAUCAUCGUCAUCAUCAUCACCAUCCGAUGUGGAACAUAAUGAACUAGUGGAAUCAUCUGAGGAUAUACAAUCUGAGCAUUCCGAGAGCAAGAGUGAAGAGCGGAACAAUGAAAUUGAAAUAGCUGCUAGGCCUAGCGCUAACACUGGUACUAAGAUUGUCUGCAACGAAGAUAAACCAGGUUUCUCCAGUUCUGAAGUUGAGAAUAUAUCCUGCAAAGAAUCCUCUGAGGCUGAACUCUCCUCGGAACACAUAGAGCAAGAUGUUUGCGUGACAAGAAGCAGAGGAAAGGCCAGGAAGUAUAAGACAAUAUUCAGUUUACUUCUGAGCUUAACCAUUAUCAUUAUAUCAAUGAUUGCUCUGUUAAUUAGGAUAGAGAGUUGUGAGGAUUAUAUUGGCCUUGUCCCCACUUGA